AUGGCCAUCUCGUUUGCUGCUGCUCGCUGGCGGCCUGUGGCUCUGCCGAGCAGUUUUGCUGCUGAGGGUUUUCUGGGGCUUGAAGAACUGGUGGAGGAAAAGGAGACAAAAAAUGAGACAGCAGCAGCAGCAAAAAGAAAAAGAAAAAGGAAGCAGCAGCAGCAGCAGCAGCAGCAGCAGCAGCAGCAGCAGCAGGGGGGGGCGGAGGAUGGCGAGGCCCCACAGCCCGAAAAAAGAAAAAAGAAAAAGCGAAAGACGCAGCAGCAGCAGCAGCAGCAGCAGCUGACUGAGACGUCUGCAGCCACGGAACCCAGCAGCAGCAGCAGCAGUAGCGGCAGCAGCAGCAGCAGCAGCGACAGCAGCAGCAGCAGCAAUGCUUUGCAGCGACUGGGCCCCGAGUUUCAGGGCCCCACGGCGGCUCAAGCAGCAUCAGCAGCAGCAGCAGCAGCAGCAGCAGGGGGGAACCCAGGAGCAGCAGCAGCAGCAGCAGCAGCAGCAGCAUUUGAGUGCAUGUAUGGCAGCUACGAACUCGUGGAAACCCUAGAUGAGGGUUUGCACGAGUGGAAGCAGCACUUAGGAGGAGACAUUUGUUUGCUGCACCCUGCUGUUUCGCGAGUGCUGCUGCAGCAGCAGCUGCUGCGGCCCACGCCGGUGCAGCAGCAGCUGCUGCUGCCAGCAGCAAGAGACAGAAAAGAUUGUGUUGCUGCUGCUCAAACUGGCUCCGGCAAAACCCUAGCUUUCGCGCUGCCCAUAGCUAGCUGCUUGGCUAGCCAGCUAGCCAGGCGGCUGGAGAAGUGGCAGGAGCGGCAGCAGCAGCAGCAGCAGCAGCAGCAGCAGCAGCAGCAACAGCAGGAGAUCAGCGAGGAGGAGCUGGAGCAAAAGAGGCAGCAGUUCCUGCUGCAGCAGCUGCAGCAGCCAGGACCUGCAGCACUCAUCUUGGAGCCCACCAGAGAGCUCGCCCUGCAGGUGCUGGAGGUGCUGCAGCAGCUGUGCGCGUACACGCCCAUUCGUGCUGCUGCUGUUGUUGGGGGUUUAUCUCCUGAGAAGCAGCUAAGGGUUUUGGGCAGCAGCAAACCCUUGCUGCUGGUGGCAACUCCUGGGCGUUUGUUGGCGCUGCAGCAGCAGCAGCCAGCAGCAGCAGACGCUGCUGCUGCUGCUGCUGCUGCUGCUGCGCUUGGGGGCCCCGUCGGCACGGAGGGGGCGGAGGAGCAGCAGCAGCAGCUGCAGCAGCAGCUGCAGCAGCGUCUGCUGCUGCUGCUGCAGCAGCAGCAAAGCAAAAGAGACAGAGUUGCUGCUGAGGGCCUCGCUUUCGCCCAAAACUUCUCGCUGCUGCAGUUCCUUGUCCUAGACGAAGCAGACAGGCUGCUGCUGCAGCAGCAGCAGCAGCAGCAGCGGGGCAGGAAAAAAAGUAAGAAGAAGCAGCAACGGGGACAAAAGCUGCUGCCGCCGACGGAGACAGAAGAGCUGCUGAAGCUGGUCUACGCGCAGCUAGACGCAGCGCCGCCCAAAGGCAGCAGCAGCAGCAGCAGCAGCAGCAAGAAGAAGAAAAGGCAGCAGCAGCAGCAAGGCGCGCCGCAGCAGCUGCGCGGACGAGCAGCAAACCUGCAGACUUUUGUGCUGUCCGCAACGCUGGUGCUCGCGCUGCAGCGGAAGCAGCAGGGGCUGCAGCUCAGCUGCAGCAGCAGCAGCAGCAACAGCAGCAGCAGCGGCGGGCGGAAGGAAGAAGGAGGUGCUGCUGCUGCUGCUACGCUGCUGCAGCACGUAAGGAUACGGCCGAAGCAUUUGGUAGCAGUGCGCAUCACUGACGAGGAACAGCAGCAGCAUGUGUGGCAGCAGCAGCAGCAGCAGCAGCAGCAGCAAAACUCUGGAGAGACUCAGCUGCAGCAGCCCAGCAGCAAGCUGCCGCCGACUCUCCGCCUCAGCGUCUGGAAGUGCACCGCAGAAAGUGAAAUG